CGUCAGAUGCGAAAACAAGCGGCCGGAGCCAGCCGGCUCGUUCGAGCUCAGUCGUUCUUCCAGGUCAGCGAGACGAAAGUGAAAUGAGAGGACUCCUGCAGUUGUACCGGGGCCUGUGCUCCCGGGGCAGCCGUCAAGUGAGGCCAAACGCUGCGGUUGUCGGUUCUCGCUGCGGGUUUUGCGGAACUAAUAGCAAGCCGCAGCCAGGCUUUGGCUUGUUGUUUGACAUUGAUGGUGUGCUGCUGAGGGGAAGAACGCUGAUCCCUGCUGCUAAAAAGGCUUUUGAGAAGUUGGUGGACUCACAAGGACAGUUUGUAGUGCCACUGGUUUUUGUGACAAAUGCAGGGAAUUGCCUAAGGCAAACAAAAGCAGAUCAGCUUUCGCACAUCCUCGGAGUACAAAUCACACAAGAUCAAGUCAUUAUGUCUCAUAGUCCAUUAAGGAUGUUCAAGAAAUUCCAUGACAAGUGUGUGCUGGUGUCAGGUCAAGGACCAGUUCUGGAAAUUGCAAAAAAUCUUGGCUUCAAUAACGUCAUCAGUAUUGACAUGCUGAGGGAAUCAUUCCCACUUUUGGACAUGGUGGACCACAACAGGAGACCGAAACUACCGUCCAAUCCUGUUGGUAACUUACCUAAGGUUGAGGCGGUGGUUCUGUUCGGUGAGCCAAUUCGAUGGGAGACCAAUCUUCAACUCAUCGUUGAUGUUUUGCUCACCAAUGGCAAUCUCAGUAGCCUUCAUCAAGCCCAAAAUAUACCUCACCUGCCGCUGUUAGCUUGCAACAUGGAUUUGCUGUGGAUGGCCGAGGCACAGUCUCCAAGAUUUGGCCACGGCACAUUUCUUGUGUGCUUGGAAAAUAUCUAUAAGAAGAUCACAGGUAAAGACCUCAAGUAUGAGGCUCUGAUGGGAAAACCAAGUGAGCUGACCUACCAUUUUGCCGAGUUUCUUAUCCGAGGGCAGGCUAUGCAGAGGCAGUGGAAGCGUCCCAUCACAUCCCUUUAUGCUAUAGGGGAUAAUCUAAUGACUGACAUCUAUGGGGCUAAUUUGUACAACCGCUACCUGGAGGUUAGAGUUUCAAGAAAGAGCCCCAAAGCCAUCGCCAAGAUGGCUGCCACCACAGGUUCCACCACUACAGUGCCCGCAGAGGAUUUCGUUGACAACAUUUGGGAGAGUGAGUUUGCGGUGCCUGCCGCCACGUCCUGUAAGUCUGUCUUGGUUUGCACGGGUGUCUACAACCCUACAGCAGAGGUGCCAUCUGACGCGAGUCGCUGCAUCAAAGAGACAGUGUUUCACGGUCACCGGGACUUUCGCUUUGACCCUGCGCUGGUGGAGCCAGGUUGCAUCGUGCAGGAUGUGGCUGAAGCUGUUGAGCUCAUUUUUGAGAAGGAAAAGUUUGUGCCUCAGUAGAGAUUGGGGGAAGGUGGACUCUUGCCUGUUACACUGUGUACAUUGUUUAAUCAUCAUUUAGGACAGAUAUUACAAAAAAUACAAACAUUCUGUCAUGGUAAGCUAAGGAUAGUUGCCUGUUGUUUUUUUUUUUGGUGGGGGGGUGGUCUGCCUUGUUUUUAUUUAGACUGCUAAGUACGUGAUUACAAAAUCCAACUUUAUCCUAUUAUUUGUUUGAAAAGUUUACCGUUUUUAUCAAGCAUUACACAAUGGACCUUUGUUGUUAAGCCACCUUUUAGCAUUGCAAUUGUUUACAUAUCUUAACCCUUAAAAAAAUCUAUGCAUGAGUGAGAAACUUGUACUGUAUGAACAAACUGUUGGAUGUGCAAUAUUGUCCCUGAGUAGUUCUGCAUUGUGCAUAGUUAUGAGACUUGGCCAGUAGUUUUAUCUUCCGUUACCUAAAACUGUUCAGUUACAUCCGACAUGGUAUUUUUAACAUCAACAUUUUUUUGUAUUCUUUAUUUGACCAUUUGUAGUGUUUCAUUCAUUGUAAAUACUGUUGACUCCAGAAAAUAGACUGAAUCAUUGCAACUGUUGUCUACUCUUGUUUUUAAUCAGCCAUUAUUUGGAGGACUAAUUAUUUAUCUUGUCAUUUUGUGAUACACUGGAUAAAAAAAAAAAAAAACAAUUUAAACUUUUCGAUGAUGAUUUUAAAUGGUAAUGGGAGUAC